AUGGAAAUGUUCCUGAAAGAUUUGAAUUGCGGAAUCGAUACAUGCCAAAACUUCCCAUCAAAAGUGCAACCAAUUUACAAUGUAAUAGAUGAGAAAGGUCGAUUUAAAUUUGAUACGAACCCAUUAGCAACGGAUAAGAUUUUGGCAAAAUCAGGGUAUUUGUCUACUGAAUGGGCAGUUGGAUUACACGGAUACGAUGAAUAUUAUUCUGCUGCGGAUGAUCGUAAUGCUUAUAAACUGAUUGAGUUAGAGGUAUCGGGUGAGGUUGCUACCACUAUCGGUGGCAUUUCGAUAGAGAUUACUACUGAAGAUGGUGUAACAGUAACACCAACGACAGCUUCUACAGUACCUUCCGAUGUGUCAACGAAUGUUUCAACUGAUGGAAUCAUAAGCACAUCUUCCACUCAUUAUGAGGAUUCAGUAUCUACAACCAAGGAGUUCAUGACUUCAGAAGCUGGUACAUCUCAACAAGAAUCAAGCAUAAGAUCUUCAACAUCUUCAACCAACUCAGAUCCUACUGUCAGCUCCGCUACAUCAAUCUCAGAAGAAACCGAUAAAUGUAGCACUACUAUCCACUUGUCUACAUUAUCAUCUAUAUCGAUAAAACCAUCCACGACGUCUGUUGAUCCAACGGCAAAGUCCACCGAGUCAUCCGAUUCGUCCACAACAGAUCCAGUCGAGUAUUCUUCAGUGACGACCUUACAAACCACAACUUCUCCACAAGAUGCCGAAAUUUCAUCUAGCACGUCUUCUUUUUCUACAAGCACCAUUUCAAAGUCACGCAGUUCAUCUUUACAACCAUCACAGAGCUCAACUUCUUCGCAUGAAUCCCCUACCAAAAUGAGCGCUUCAACAUCGUCGAGCGCACACCAUACACGAAGGAUCAACAAGCAUCGAACCAUCUAUCGAUUCACAGCAACAAAAUUCAUAGAGUCUUCUACAGGACGCGGAAGUUCAACAAGCUCAACGAAACAUUAUUCGAUCACAGUUUCUACUGUUUCGGAUUUGUCUCCAACUCGUGACGCAUCUACAACCACUGCUUCUACUUCUACUAUAAUGGUCAAAACUACGCCAUCAACCACCAUAACGACAACUAUUCCAUACGUCAACAAAUAUUUCAAAGCAGAACCGAUUCUAAUGUUCUGUGCUUCUGGAACCCGAACUUUGAAAUAUUCAGUUGGUGGAGAUUUGAAAAUUAGUCCUCAAUCUACUAGCGUCGUUACAAGAGUAAACGAAACAAAAGCAUGCGCAUUCAGCAGUCAAGUUGUGAAGACAGAGCUGGAAAAGUGUGGUCCCACAACUACUAUUUUCCAAUGGGUCAAUCAAGCUCAAGGCUUCCUUUGA